GCUAUAAUACGCAAGCUGCUGUGCUGCCGUCUCCUUCGGCUUUUUAGGCGCUCCAACUUUCCUCCGCCGACUGAGCUUUUAACUCCGGAGCGUCUUCGAUGGUAGAUCCGGGGACGGCUCCGAUCUUUCGUUGACUAUCCUUUUCUUCUUUCACUUUCGAUAUCUUUCUGAAUCUCCAGCUCCAUUUCCCUGUCCGCCGGAUCUAGUUUCGGUAGCCGGGGGCUGUAUUUUCCGUUCGUCUCUUAAAGUUUAGAGCAAGUUUCCGUUUGCUGAAAAAGAAACAUUUGAAGUGUUAUUUUCAAUUUUUUGAGUUUUUGGAGUGUACGAUGGAUUCCGAGUGGAAGAGAUUCAGGGACUCGCCUAACUCGGAAGAGUUAACUCGGCGAUCCUCAUUCCCAGACGAGGUGCUGGAACGAGUUCUCUCACUUCUGAAUUCUCACAAAGAUCGUAGCUCAGUGUCUCUCGUGUGCAAGGACUGGUACAACGCGGAGCGGUGGUCGCGGACGCACGUGUUUAUCGGAAACUGUUACUCGGUGUCUCCGGAAAUCGUGGCUCGCCGUUUCCCCAACAUCCGCAGCGUGACGCUCAAAGGAAAGCCGCGGUUCUCAGACUUCAAUUUGGUACCGGAGAACUGGGGAGCCGAUAUCCAUGCGUGGCUCGUAGUGUUCGUCGUUAAGUAUCCCUUUCUUGAGGAGCUCAGGCUCAAGAGGAUGGUCAUUAGUGAUGAGAGCCUGGAGUUCCUGUCUGUUUCGUUUCCAAAUUUCAAAUCGCUCUCGCUUCUGAGCUGUGAUGGGUUUAGCACAAAUGGGCUCGCAGCCAUUGCCACUCACUGCAAGAACUUGACUGAGCUUGAUAUUCAGGAGAAUGGCAUUGAUGAUAGAGGAGGCAGCUGGUUGAGCUGCUUCCCAGAAAGCUUCACUUCAUUGGAAGUGCUGAACUUUGCCAACUUGGCAAGUGAUGUUAAUUUUGAUGUACUUGAGAGACUUGUAAGUCGGUGCAAAUCAUUAAGGGUUUUGAAGGUCAACCAAAGCAUAUCCUUGGAACAAUUACAGAGGCUUCUUGCCCAUGCUCCUCAAUUGACAGAGCUUGGUACGGGAUCAUUCUCGCAACAACUCACUUCUCAUCAAGAUGAAGAGCUCAAAACUGCAUUCAGCAAUUGCAAGAAUAUUCAUACGCUUUCUGGUCUAUGGGAUGUCAAGGCCAUCUACCUCCCCACUCUUUACCCUGCCUGCGCCAAUCUGACUUUCUUGAACUUGAGCUACGCUGCUUUGCAAGGUGGCGAACUUGCUAAGCUUCUUGUUCACUGUCCCCAACUUCGGCGUCUCUGGGUCUUGGAUACAGUGGAAGAUAAAGGGCUAGAGGCAGUUGGAUUGAAUUGUCCUUUGCUUGAGGAACUUCGUGUUUUCCCGAUUGAUCCCUAUGGUGAGGAAAUUGCCCAUGAGGUAACUGAAGCUGGAUUUAUUGCUGUCUCAAAUGGUUGUCGGAGACUCCAUUAUGUGCUUUACUUCUGUCGGCAAAUGACUAAUGCUGCUGUAGAAACUGUGGUGCGGAACUGCCCUAAUUUUACACACUUCCGCUUAUGUAUAAUGAUUCCAGGUCGACCUGAUUAUACCACAAAUGAACCUAUGGAUGAAGCCUUUGGUGCAGUGGUUAAGACAUGCACUAAACUCCAGAGGCUUUCAGUUUCAGGCCUCUUAACUGAUUUGACAUUUGAGUAUAUUGGUAAGUAUGCAAAAAACUUGGAGACACUUUCUGUGGCUUUUGCUGGCAGCAGUGACUGGGGGAUGCAGUGUGUGCUGGAAGGUUGUCCAAAAUUAAGGAAGCUUGAGAUAAGGGACUGCCCAUUUGGGAAUAAAGCUCUACUGUCAGGUUUGGAGAAGUAUGAGUCUAUGAGGUCUCUUUGGAUGUCAGCCUGCAAUUUGACACUGAAUGGCUGUAGGGCUUUGGCGAGGGAGAUGCCUAGGUUAAAUGUCGAGGUAAUGAAGGAGGAUGGAAGUGAUGAGAGUCACGCCGACAAAGUUUAUGUUUAUCGGACCGUCGCAGGCCCAAGGAGGGAUGCCCCACCUUCUGUGCUUACUCUCUAAAGUUCGGAAAAUGAUUGCUGCAAAAGGUUUCAAAGGAACACAAUUCACUACCUGGAGGCUUUCUAUUGGCAUGACUUUCACACAGCUAAAUUAUGGAGGGAGUAAUAAAGAUAUAGAUCUGAG